GAGACAGGAAGUGCGGGUAGACGCUAGGAGGGCAGGAAGAGUUGUUGUGGAGCGUGUUGGGAAGCGCCCUGCUGUUGCUCGGUAUUUUCGUCAGGGCGUCGCGUAGGUCGUGGCUAAAUGCAGUGAUUCAUCGCAGAGUUAAAGUUAUUUCUUCACACCGCCAUAAAGUACGAUUGUAGUCGGUGUAUCUAAAGUGUAAGAUGAAUGGUAAAUCAUCGAACAACACAGCAGGCGGAACGCUGGCCUGCAUCGAGGGACUACCCCCACUGCCGAAGAGCUUAAGCGGCUUGCUGAAUUCAAGCGGCGGCUCUUGGAGAGAGAUGGAGAGGAUGUACGCAAAGAAGACUAUGAUCCAAGACGACCUAAGCCGUGGCCGUAGUAACGCAGACAAUUUGCUGGCAAAUAAACCUGCCAACCUUGAUGCAGCCCUGGCUCUUCUACGAAAAGAAAUGGUGGGGUUGCGGCAGCAGGAUAUGUCCCUGCUGUGUCAGCUCUGGUCACUCCAUGAGUCCAUUCAGGAGUACAAGGGCAGUUGUCAGGACCUUACGGCCGGUUCCAGUGCCGACGGACCCUAUGAGAAUGGCUACUUUGACGAGGACGACGAAUACUUCCAGGAUUCAAGCAUAACCCCUACUGAGCAGCCAGAAGGGAGCGAUACCUCUCCCCAAAAUGGAGCCAAGGACAAGUGGCUGCAUGACUCUUUCCACAUCACCAUCUGAGAGAGGCCUCCAGUACAAGAUAUGCUUGGUGCCGGAGAUCAAGUCAGCCUGCUCAACUUUAGAGCUUGUUUGUUUAUGUUUGUUUGUUUGAUUUUGAUUAUGUUUUGUUUUAGAAAAGAGGUGUCUGCAUUUUGAUUUUGCUGACCUCCUUUUCUGCAGACUUUUCUAUAAAGGUAUAAACAAAGGUCGAUUAUUUAUUAUACAGUAUAUAACAAUAUAGUAUUUUUCUUGUGAUUUAUUAUUAUUAUUUUCUUUCUUUCUAAAGACAUUUUAAAAUGUUUUGCUUGGGAGGAGUGUCUAGCACAUCUCCAGUAAUCAUGUUUACAGUGUAACACAAACAGAAUCUCCACGGAUGACUCUGUGUAAACAUUACUGUAUAACAUCAGUUGAUAUAGACAAGGAGUGGGGAACAGUCACCGUUAUCUACACAAGCUAAGCUAAUAAUACAAUCUUGCCAAGUUGCAAGCGACAACUGUGACCAUGCGGAAACUGGAGUGCUCGUCACGGCUGGGUGUAGCCGGUGUAGCUUGGAGAAAUGUGAAAUGACUAAAAAUGCUGGAUCGAUGGAAUGAGCACAUGUGAAAUCAGGGUACGCACACAUGUGCUUCUCCACCUCUCUUCCUUUGAGCUGAUUUGGGCAGCGCCUCUUCUCAUUUGCAACGUGCUAGCCCAGCAGUGUAUUCCUCUAUUGAACACAUAGUUGUUAUCACAUAAAACGGAGAUGUGAGAUCAUGUCUUUCUCCUAUAAGUGUAGUCCUGUGCAAGUCGUAUCAUAUUGUGUAGGGAGGGA